AGACUCCUCCUUCGCCAUGUUUCGGGCUGUAAACAUCCUGCUGAUUUUUAAAGGACACUGAGCGGGAGGAAGUCUACUGGCGCCAUCUUGACUCUUUUCAUGAGUACAACAGGAAGAGACAAUCGCUGGGAGUAAUUGCAUAAUCAUUGAUAUUUAUUUUUGAAAGGGGGGUACAAUCGGUGCUCUUACCCCCGGUUCUUCAAGAGCUAGCAACCAACCGGGGCAAUGUUCUACGCCCAUUUUGUCCUGUCCAAACGUGGGCCCCUGGCCAAGAUCUGGCUAGCGGCCCACUGGGACAAGAAGCUGACCAAGGCUCAUGUGUUUGAAUGUAACCUAGAGAGCAGUGUGGAGAGCAUUAUCUGCCCCAAGGUGAAGAUGGCGCUGAGGACCUCUGGUCACCUCCUGCUCGGUGUGGUGAGGAUCUACAACAGGAAGGCCAAGUACCUCCUGGCUGACUGUAAUGAAGCCUUCAUCAAGAUCAAGAUGGCUUUCAGACCAGGUGUGGUGGAUCUGCCAGAGGAGAACAGAGAGGCUGCCUACAACGCUAUCACCCUGCCGGAGGAUUUCCACGACUUUGACCAACCCUUACCUGACCUUGACGACAUAGACGUCGCCCAGCAGUUCACCCUGAACCAGAGCAGAGUGGAGGAGAUCACCAUGAGGGAGGAGGUGGGCAACCUCAGCCUCAUGCAGGACAAUGACUUUGCUGACUUUGGCAUGGAUGACCGUGAGAUGAUGAGGGUAGAGGGAGGCUUUGAAGAGGACAUCAUCCAUGGAGCGACAGCCUCUAAUCUGCUGCUGGAGGCGGAGCCGGGGCCUGCUCACCUGCCGGACAAGACCAACCACCUGGAGUACGGCGGCUUUGGAGACACCAUGGAGAACAACAGGAGGAAUGG